AUGGCGGCUGGCAAGAACAAGUGCCUUACAAAAGUCGGCAAAAAGGGAGCCAAGAAGAAAGUCGUUGAUCCAUUUUCUAGGAAAGACUGGUAUGAUAUGAAAGCACCAGCUAUGUUCAAUAUAACAAAUAAUGGAAAAACACUAGUCACAAGAACUCAAGGAACCAAAAUCGCAUAUGAUGGCCUCAAGGGUUGUAUUUUUGAAGUGAUCCUUGCUGAUCUGCAGAAUGAUGAAGUUGCAUUUAGAAUAUGCAAGCUAAUUACUGAAGAUUUCCAGGGCAAAAACUCUAAUUUCCACAGCACAGAUCUUACCCAUGACAAAAUGUGCUCCAUGGUCAAAAAAUGGCAGACCAGGACUGAAUCUCAUGUUGACGCCAAGACUAGCAAUGGUUACUGGCCUCAUCUAUUUUGUGUUGGUUUUACUAGCAAAUGCAACAAUCAGAUUCAGAAGACCUCUCACGCUCAGCACCAACAGGUCCACCCAAUUCAGAAAAAGAUGAUGGAGAUCAUGACCCGAGAGGUGCAGACAAGUGACUUGAAAGAAGUCGUCAACAAAUUGAUUCCAGACAGCACUGGAAAACACACAGAAAAGGCCUGUCGGUCUAUUUAUCCAUUCCAGGAUGUCUUCGUUAGAAAAGUGAAAAUGCUGAAGAAGCCUAAGUUUGAAUCGGGAAAGCUCAUGGAGCUUCAUGGUUAA